AUGGCAGGCUUCGAGGGAAUUUGCAUCUUCCCUCAAAACCCCUACCACAUUCCUGGCUAUGGGGGCCACGUUCCUCAGUUCACCUUCAGGUUUGGGGACACCUAUGGCAGAACCACCCACAAAUUGCUGCUCGAUCCCACCGUCAGUAAGAGCCCUCGCUCCCUGCUGGCACCCCUGGACAACAAGGAAAACCUCCUUCAGCUCCAGUACCACAUCGACCAUCCAGGAUAUGUCACCUACCAGCCCAUCGAGAGCCCUCCUGAGAUACCCCUGGGCCCACAGCCUGUCAGCACGCCGGUGGUGGAGGAGCCCAUGAUGACCCACAUGGACCCCGGGCAGUGGCAGUGUCCCCCUGGCACGGCCGUGUCCGGUGUCCAGCAGCCCUGGCUGUCCCAGCAGGCGAUGGUGACCAGCACAGACCCUGGGCAGUGGCAGUGCCCCCCUGGCAUGGCCAUAUCUGGUGUCCGGCCCACCCGGCUGCCCCCGGAGCUGCCGCGGGGGCUGGGGCUGGGGCUGACCCUGCACCCCGCGGCCGAGGAGAUGGAGAGGGAGGUGGCCAAGCCACCCAUGGCCGGUCUUCUGGGAAGGUUGACUGGAACGGGCCCGGGCGACUGUGAGGGGAGCAAAACGCAGCUAGAAACUGGAGGUGUGGCCCUGCCAGGAGGGGCAACAGCAGAUUACACAUUGCCAGUGCUGCCUGUCCCAAACGCCGUCCGGCAGAAAGUCAUUAUAGGUUACACUGGAUUCAUCCCCUGCGUCGCCAACACUGUCGGCAUGACCUUCAUCCCAUCUGUGAACAAAGCCAUGAAGGAAUUUGACCAACGCCAGCUUUUGGAGAGAAAUCCACCUUACAUCGGCACGAGGUUCCCCCUGACACACUGGCCAGACACCAAAAUUUACAGGCGUGCUGGACUCAUACCUACCUACGCGGGCCAUGUACCACACCUGCAGGACAUCCCCGGGCUCACUUACGGGGCUGGCACGAGGGAAUCGUACCGGUGUGAACAGAGGAGACGGGGACGUGCACUGUGA